AUGUGGAUGGAUCUGGAUGGCCGCAUCAAAGAAUUUCAUGCAGGUCACUCUCCUUCGUUUCUUGGACCCUCAAUGCCUCGACUCGCCCUCGUUUCUCGAUCUCCAACUAUCGAUUCUGAUAUGCCUAACACAAAAUGGAGGUUCCGUGCCACUGGUUCAAGCAAUCCGAUUCAGUUGCAGGCUUCUCCCCUGUUGGCCCUGGACCGCCCAAAACUCCACCCUUUCUUUGCAUGUUUUGGAAACACACGCGCUAUUUCCGGUAUUCUCCUCUUUUAUUUUUUCGAUCUCUGGUCUCUUUUACUCCGUAACUCCUCUUGGUUCUUCUUCUGCCGCUGCGAACUAUUGCUGCUGCUGGUUGCUAGACCCCCUUCCCCAUCGUCUGCUGCAACAAAUUGCAUAUCGAGAUGCAUCCAUGCUCGGUCCCGGACGUCAGGUUACUUCCUCCAGCCAGCCAGCCAGCCAGACACUCGCAUCCGUUCCCCAGAACGAAGGAUUGAGCGAAACUCGAAGAAGCAAAAAGGAAGCCAAAAAAAAGAAAAAAAAGUCAAUCGGGACAGUGCGAGAUCUAGUCUUAUUGGGCCUUCUCACGAACAGGGAGUCAUUAGCGCUUCGUAUCACCAGGGCAGCCAGCCGCGAAAUAGAGUUGAGAAGCCAGCUGGACAACUUUCUUGCAGCUCCUCCUCUCGUUGCUUUUUUUUCGGCUCUUCUGCUUUCUCCUCUUUGGUCACUGCUGCUGCUGUACGGAGUACAGCUGCUGGUGCUGCUGCUUUGCUAUAUUUGUACAAUUGUUGGUUCCAUGGCCCGGCUCGGUUUAGUUCCAUGCAUCUCUCUUCCUCUCGUUGCAUGGUUGCUGCAUCAACUCAUGCAUGCAUGCCACAGCAGAAUCCCCGAAAAGAGCAACGAGAAGAUGGCCCCCAAAGUUCGACAAGCCAGAAAUGGGAGCUCACUAUUCGUCAGCCUCCAUUCACAUCCCCCCCCCUUAAGCCCAUGAGCAUUGGCAUCAUAUGCUUAGUGUGGCCACUUAAGCCGCAGGGAUCAAUUCGGUUCCUGUCGACCCCCCCAGCACAUCACACGCUGCUUUGA